UGUUAUCUGUCAGCAAAGUCUUUUCAAAUACAAAAAUGGCUGCUGUGCAACAAAAUUUAUCUAAAAUGAUUUCUGCACAGUUGCGAAAUAAAGCAAAUGAGUUUCUUAACUCUAGAAAAAAUGCCAAUAAUCUAGCCGACAUUCUUCAAAUGUUUGAGGCUGAAACGGAAAAUUACACCCCGUUGCUUUUAACAAUUGAAGUGAUCUUUACGGAGCUAUUAAAACGAGGUGAUUUAGUACAACAUAUUGAACCCUUAAAACCAAUAGACCGUAGUCCUGAGGCAGAAUAUACAAGAUGGCUCAACGAGUGUUAUGAGACCGCUCUCUCCCGUGUAUUGGAAUGUAUUCGACGCGGACGCACCAGCUCUCGCCUUCAGGCCCUAGUCACAUCUUGCAAAUUGAUGCAAGCUGAGGGAAAAUAUCCUUUAGAACACACCAGUGGUUACUUCUUCCCCUCUGUUAGAUUGAAGAAUAUAUUUUUGGUACUCCUGGAUUCUGAAAUUUCCAUGUCAGCACCAAUAGCUCGCUUCCAGGAGUUCACAGAGUACAGAGACGUGCAGCAACAUGGCCUUAAAGUACUGUCGACACUGGCUUGUCAUAAAUCUCCAUCUCAGACGUACAUGCAAAAUUAUCUAGAGUUGUUCGACAAGUUGUUGGCAUCGGAAAUACCAGCAGAAGUGAGGAAGACAAAAGAUAAGAUCGGUGAAGAAGAUUUCAAAGUACUGUGCGCUAAUGAAGGCAAGCCGUCUUUCCCAUACAACACAUCCGUGUGUCGUCGUUAUGCCAACCGUUGCUGGGGUUUCUCCUGUCAGUGGCCCUUGUGUGAGUCCCCUCGGUCUCAUCGCCGCGCCCUAGUGCUUCUCGUUGAGAAACUGAUGCCGCUACUCAACAAACCUCACCUGGCCACCGACAUGCUCUGUGACAGCCUGGACGCGGGUGGUCCUAUCAGCAUGUUGGCUCUGCAGGGCAUGCUGGAGCUGGUCCGUCACCACAACAUCGACUACCCGGACAUGUACGACCGCCUGUACGCCAUGUUCGAGCCGGAGAUGUUCGCCACCAGAUACAAGAAACGCCUCAUCCACCUCGCUGAUAUAUUCCUCAGUUCCACUCACCUGCCCGAGAGUCUGGUGGCAGCCUUCGCUAAGCGUCUGUCUCGCCUGGCGUUGGUGGCGUCUCCCGAAGACGCCAUGGGACUGUUGCAACUGGUGGGGAACCUUCUACUGAGACAUACUGCACUGAAACGAAUGAUUUGUUGCGAGGACACGCCCGCUGUCAUGUCUAACGACCCCUACGUGAUGGAGGAGUCUUCCGCGUCGCGGUCCAGAGCCCUGGGUUCGUCUCUGUGGGAGGUGCGAGCCUUGACGCGGCACUGGCAGCCCACGCUGGCCACCGUCGCCAGACAGGUCACUGACCCUGACAGGCGAGCCCCCAUCGACAUCGAUCAUGCUGGAGAAGAGAUGUUCGAUGCGGAACUAAAGAAGAGGUUCAAGACGAUAGAAGUGAACUUCAUACGUCCUCAGAGUAUGUCGCUGCCGUCCGGGGAGAGACUCGCGCAGUACUGGGAGAUAAUGGCCUGAACGGAAGAGUAGACUAAGACGUCAGAACACUUGCACUUGACUAACAGCUGAAGGAAGAACUUGGAUAUCUCUUGAAAUGUUCCACAGAUAAUGUUAGAUGGAUCUACUAUGUGUCGGCAUCAUAAUUGCUAUGUGUUGGCAUUAUAAUUACUCUAUCUGCUAUGUGUUGUGUGUCGGCAUCCAGUAUGAACAUUUCCAGUUUAUCAUUAAUCAACCUCCUUGGAUCGUUAUAAAUGUUCAUUUGUUUUUUUUUAUUUCAACUGGAUAGUGCUCGACUGUCGAGAAAAACAGGAAAUGCUCCAUAUGUAGUGUACAGAAGGUACGGACCCACAAACAAAGCUGUCGGAAGAGUCCAAGAGGUAUCUAUAGUUUAAGUAAAGAUAUAUAAUUCUUUUUUGACAUUGCCCUAAUCAAAAGAUCAGUCAAAGGAUUUGAUGGAGCAAAAAAAUAAAUGACCAAAUAAAGUAAAUCUAGAUCCUGUAAAAUAGUGUGUCCCUAGACCUCGGCUCGCUUGAAGCAGUGACCUCACCGUCAAUAUCCCAGUCCCGGUAGUAUAAUAUAUUAUUUAUAAUUUAUUUAAUAAGUAUAAAAUAUUUUGCACUUGUAGUAGCUAUGUGUGUAUAUAUUCUUCAUUUUCUUACAUUUUUGUUGUUAAAAUCGGAAAAAAAUGAUUUUAAUGUUUCAUAAUUGCCAUAAACUUGUUAAAUUGGUUAUUUUUUGAUUGUGGGAGCUAAAUAAGGUAUUGAAGUUUUUUGCCGCAGAUAAUUUCAAUAAUUUGUGAUAGUAAUUUUAUUGAAAUCAUUCUGUAUGUUUUUAUAUUUGUUACUGUGGCUCAUAUACAUGGUGUAUACAUUAUUAUUGUUCUUAUCCACAAUUCGACAUUGUGAUAUAUGUAAAACGUAUUUUUAGUUAAGUUUAACAUUUUGCCAGUAACUGAAGUGGUGCAAUAUAACUUUUUAAACGGUUCGUUUUUUAAAUACAUUUGUAUUUAAUUGUUCAGGUUGUCGAGGAUACAGCAAGCGGUAUACUUUCUUUAUAUUUGAGUGUCCUCUCUCUAUAAGACUCGUGUUAUCGAAUUCCCUUCCAGUUCUAAAGUUCCAAUAAAUUAUUGCAUUUAAUGUUCAAGUUGCACAAAGUAUGUAACUGUGUAUAUUUCCCACGUGUCAUAUUAAUCACUUCCCGUUCAACUCUUCCUCGCGGUGUUGGCUUACUUUAAGUCACGUGCUACUUCAGUUUUUUCGCUGCCGCCAUUGAUAACUUUAUUAUUUUUUAAUAUUUUUUUCGCGACCUCGCAGUCUCGGGCGCGGUGCGACCGUAUCGCCUAACUUUACGCAGAACCUAUAAGACUGUUAAAUUCCAUUUCUUAUGUUAAAAACUUGGCCCCUAUAUGAUUUGUAACAGAAUCUCGUUAAUCGUUAGCGCCCCGCCAGUCGUGGCCGCGCCCCGUAUCAUGUGAUUAUUUGAAACAAAACAUAGUUUUAAGUUAGGAUUAAGAUAUUAUUUUAUUAUUCGUGUAAAUGUUCUAUUAUGAAUAAAAUAUGAGUAAA